GAAUGACAAAACGGGCUGAGCGAGAAAAUGGCGUAGAAGUCGACGAAAAUUUCAUUCGUGUAGAAAACCUGGAAAACUUAGGACAACUUAGCUGGGAUUCAAAAAGCAUAAUCAAGAUACAAGCAGAGAUGUUUCCCGGUGGAAACGGAAACGCCGAUUUGGGUUACAACAAGCAUGCCCACGUCCAUGGACACGGACAACAUGGCCAUGGCCACAACCAUAAUCACAAUCAGUUCCUGGCACAGCCCCCGCCGCCACCCCCCCAUUUUUCAAUGCCCCCGGGCGGGGGUCAGGCCAUGGUGACGCCCCUGGUGGCCGCCGGCCUGCCGCUCGCCAUGCAGGGUGGCGCCGGCAUCGAUUGGGCGCAGCUCGCCCAGCAAUGGAUUCACAUGCGGGACGCUACUCCCGUGACCAUGCCCCUGGCCCCGCCACCGCCCAUCAUCAGCAACGUGCGGGAGUACCACCAGCAGCCGGUAGCCAUGCCGGUUCCCAGUGUGGUCAGGGCGGGAUUUCCGGUUCUGGAGGAGCACGGCGAGGCCGAUAUGGACAUGGACGAUGAGAACGAGCGGGCACACGGCACUGAGACGCCGCCACCGCCAGCUCCUAUUGUUACGCAAUCCCAAUGGCUGGCGGGUGGCGAAUUGCCUGGUCACGUCCUUGACGCCUCCAACGGAGCGGCUGUCACGCUGGGCAAGCAGCCUUGGGCCGGGUGGCAAACGCAGCCCGACAAAUCGGGCAAUCCCACGGCGCAUAUACCAUCGCUGCUGAAGCUGAACGUCAGCAAUCCCAAUGAGCCGCAGCAACAGCUGCAGUUGCAGUUGCAAGCGCAGCAGCAGCAGCAGCAGCCACAUGCGACAGCCCAGCCAUCACAUUCCCACCAUAACCCAGCACCUCAGCCACAUCCACAUCCACACCACCACCUAACACCACACACACACCUGCCGCCACAGCACGCACAGCAAUCGCAGCCGGAAAGCGGAAGCAGCGGGGCCAGCACCGAGAUCGAUGCCAACAAACGGAAAAUGUUGCCAGCUUGGAUAAGAGAGGGCCUGGAGAAAAUGGAGCGAGAAAAGCAGCGGCAACUAGAGCGCCAGCAGUCCUCCAUUAGCGCGCCAGAUGAUGAGGGCGACCAUGUUAAGCAAGUAUCAAGCAAAACACUAACCACACCUGGUAAUCUAUUGAACAUCGCGAACGUGGCUAGCGACAGCGAAGAUUCCAUUGACGUGCCUGGGGAGGCGCAGCAAAUAGGUAAUGAAUUGAUAAGUAAGGACGGCGAUAUCAGCAGCAGCGAAGAGCAGCCGGAGUUGGAGCAGCAUGAUGGAGCCAUCGAAGCCGGUGAUCGGGCAUGCACGGCUACCGUAAACGAUGUCAAUGGUAAAAACUACGAAGAAAGACUUGCGGAUCUGAUGCUUGUGGUGCGUCGGACACUAACCGAAAUCCUGCUGGAAACCACAAACGAAGAGAUUGCAGCCAUUGCAGGCGAGACUCUAAAAGCACACCGUGCGAAAGCGUCAUCAGCCCAAGUGAUUCGCAAAAGCGCCUUGUCCUCCAUUACCGGCAACUUGGGUUUAGCAGCCUAUGGCGAUUCUUCCAGCGAAACCGAAGAUGAUGAGGACGACGAUGAUGAGCGCCAAGCGGAUGGCGCAAAGGAUGCCGACAAAAGCGCGCAGCUAAGCGCGGAGGAGUUGAAGGCUCGCAUAAGGCGCAGCAAGCGAUCCUUCGAGAGAGUCAUUGACGACAUUGAGGAUCGAGUGGCCAAGCAAGAGCUGCUUGAUGAGCAAACUCUGCUGCGACAACGCAAGCGGGAACUGGAACGCUCUGUUGCUGGUGCUGGUGAGCAUCGUCGACCGGUGGCCAAUCCAGAUCCGCCCAGUGAGUCGACCAGUCAAACCACCCAGGAAAAGCUUCAGCAAUCGAAUGGCAAACGACUCAGUCGCAAGGAACGGACCACUCGCUUCAGCGACAACAAGGACGGCAAAGGGCAGUCGCAGACCUUCGUGCAACAAGUGGUGGCGGCAGCUGCAGUGGCACCACUGGCAAGCCUCAGCAGCGGCAGCAGCACAAGCGGUCCACAAAAGCUGAAGCCCGUUCCCAAUCCGGCGACCAAUCUACUGCAGAUGCCGGAGUCGGUGGCCACCAUGCUGAGCGCGGCGGACAAGGCGCUGCAUAAGGCCAACAAGUCGUCGCGCAAGUCCAAGAGCAAACGCCGCCACUCGUCCAGCUCGUCUUCGUCGAGCAGCAGUGGGAGCAGCUCCAGCAGCGAUAGCGACGAUAGUAGCAGCACCUCGAGCGGAUCCAAAACUUCCGGCAGCCGGAGCAAGCGAGCCAGCCGCCAUGGACACCGCAGCCACCACGGCAGCAGUCGGAGCAAAUACGAGCGUCGCGAUCGCGACAAAGAAAGAGAGCGGGAGCGCGAUCGGGACAGGGACCGGGAACGAGAACGGGAACGAGACCGUGAUAGGGGUCAUCGGCAGCAUCGCAGCCAGUUCAGUGGCGGCAGCAGUAGUGGAAGUCAUCGCCAGAAGCAGCGUCGACAUCGCGAGUCCAGCCAUUCUGGCGAAGAUGCUGGCGGCAGCAGCUGCUACCACCGCUCCUCGCGGCAGAGCAGCAGCCGUAGCCACGAUCAUGGCAGCAGCAGCAGCGGACGCAAGCGACACCGCACGAGAUCCCGCUCCAAGUCGCGCAGCACUCACCACUCCAGCUCGAACGCAUACUCCUCCACUUCCGCGUCGCAUCCGCGCAAGCGCCAUUGAGAAUUUGUCAACAGUUAGUUGUUAAUAUAUAAUUAUAUUAUUUCUUCUGUUUAAGAUGCUUUUUAGUAAACAGUUUUAAUUCAGCCUAAUAAAUUAAAAACUUCCAGAAA